UUGUAUGAGCAUUACUAGGCAUUACUGUAUGCAAGUUUGAUCUGAUAUAAGGAACUUUUGGUGACAAUAUCAACUCCAGUGGCUUAUGAGCUUCAGGCUCGCGAUUUAAAACACUGAUUCAUUGGUUAGCGACACCGGCGGAAUUGUUUUUUUGGUAUGUCGUAAACAACCAUAACGACAAACGUCAAUCAAGAGGGUGACUAUACUCGCUUUCUUCAACCUGGAAUAUUUUAUAUAAGAUCAAUGGCAUUGACGUUUUGAGAAAAGCAGAGAGAGAGUUCAAUCUUCUUUGAAGUGUUUUUGUGUGGACAAUGAAUAAGAUCUAUCUAGAUACCCUCGGAGUUUAAAUUAUGAAGGACUCUCAGUGUUUGAGUUGUAUAAAAAGAACUGUAAUUUUUUAAGGAUUUUUUUUUUCGUAAUUCACACCACCAGCAAUGCCGGUAGCAACUGUACGGAAUUCUAAUGCCACUGCCAAGAAACGGCCAUCUCCUGAAUCGGUUUAACAUGAGGUUUCAAGCCAAAGCAAAGGGGGUGUUUGUCAUCCCAACACCCAAAUUUGACCUCGAGUCUGACUCGACUGUUUCAGAAUCAGCGUCCGAGAGUGGCGGAAGCAUGAAGAACAAAGAAAUUUCUAAUUCGUGUAGCGUUGCUAUAGGAACUAACAAAGACUUCAUGGACGACGACGCACACUUAAAAGUAACAUACUCGCCGGGUAAAAAGGGCGGGAAUUUCGGACUUCCGAAUGGCGGGAAACUGAUCUUGCCGGAAGGGCUGUUUGGCAAAAAAGACACUAUUACUUGUCAAGUGGCAUCUCCUUCACAGAGAUGGAAAUACUACCCCACCCUCCCGUCAUACGAACACAUCACGAGCGAAAUAUACACGCUACAAUCGACCAUGCAUCCUCUAAAGAAGUCAGUCAUCAUUCAAAUUCCGUAUUACCAAAUUGAGACUGAACACAAUGAAAUAAACGUUAAAGGAAAGUGGAGCGAUGAAAACGAAUGGGUGGAUGUUGGAUUUUUAAAGAAGGAGGAUUGCUCCGUGGAACUAGAGGUGGACAGAUUAGGAAUAUUCAUUGUGACCUUUACCCCUAAAAAGGAGAUCUUUGACGUCACUCCACAAGGCUGUUUGUACAACGCACACAUAAGCCGUUACAUCAGCGUGCGAUUCCCAAAGAAGGCGCAUGACAAACCAUUUCAAUGUGCAAUCCAGAUAAAUCCCAUUCCCAGCGACAAACUUCAGCUUGCAAAAGAACUCAGUCCCGGGGAAACAGCCGACCUCAUUUUGGCGACGGAGUUUAUCGACCUCAUUCCCAGCACACCUUGCGUUUUCAAACGCGCAGUUUCCGUAAAGCUUCCUCUACCGACUGGAGUUGAAGUGGAGGAGGAGAAUGACGACAUCGCAGUCCUUCAGAAAACCGAAAACGGUUGGGAGUUGGUGGAUUCAAAGUACAAAUUCACAAGAACCACCGUGACGUUCGAUACAAAAUCCCUCACAAAGUUUUGUGUUAUGCAGUCCAAACCAGACAGGAAAAAACGACUUCCGCCCGCAGCGCAAGUCCUAGAAAAUCGCAACAAUCGGGAAAAGGGCGAAAUCGUGGCCUUCUUAAACCUUCAGGAAAAACUUUGGUUUUUGGUUCUAGAAUGCAUGCCACUAAGUAAACUCGAGAGUCGUGUGAAAGAGAUGAGUGAAAAGGGAUUUAAACACGUUGUGAAAGAAAUUGUCAAAAAGGACGAAGGUACCAAUUUCUUUCGGCGGCCACAAAAAUUUCAGCAACCAACACGCCAAUUGCAAGUUCCUCCAACGUGUGAAAUAAACGAUGGCAUGAAAUGGGAAUUUUCAGUAGUGGAUGACAUUAAAGUUAAUUCGGAAAGCAAUUAUAUGGAAAACAGAGAACUCCACUAUUUCCGGUAUUUACCGGAAAGCUACCGACAGUUUGUCAUAGAGCCGAAAACAAACGAAGAACGCGCAAUCAGUGGUGCAAUAAACCUCGAUCCUCUUGGGAUUGAAGACAAAAACCUUAAAGAGAACUGUACAUGUUCCAUUCAUAUUGAAAUCGACGAGGAAACCGUCAAAGCCUAUUUCAAACCGGAGUUCGUACCGGAAGAACCAGAACCUAAGAAAGAAAAGGUUAAUUUCGACAUAUUGAAUACCCCUGUAUUCAAAGAGGACAAACCGGAAGUCCCUGUAAUUCAAAAAUUUAAACCACUCCCGCCAACUGUAAUGGAGAGACUGAUGAGAACCAAUAGAAAGCCAAUUAUAAUUGAAAGAGAGUCAAAAGUUUUGUCUGGAAAGAGUCUGCGCAAUUUAUCUAAAUUGGUUCCGGAAGGUCUGACGUUGGCCGUUCACCUGAAUUUACCCGACAGCACCAUUACUGGCCUCGGUUUCGAUGCCAUUUCAAACGGUCUAAGCAUGGCUGACGUCACAUACAAAAUCCUUCUUUACUGGAAGCGCAUGUGCAAAGACAAGAAGGACGGAGCUGUAAACUCCCUAACAAACGCACUGAGAGACAUGGGCCGGGAGGAAAUCGCAAAUAUCGUGUUCGAACGCCAUCGGGAUAACAAGGAACUGUCCCCAGAUGCUUUCACUCCCUUGUUCACUCCUUAUCAGUAGAUGUCAAAGAGGAAAUCGCUAAUGCAAUAUUCCUAAUGUAAUAUUGAACUGGAAUCCUUAACUUGUAAUGGUCGCAUCAGAGAGCGGCAUAUUUACACGUGUUACAAAAAAACACACCCUGGUAUAUAUGUUAUGCAUUUUUCUUUUGAGCUGUGAUAAAAUUUCGUUAGCAAGCCGUCCAAUAUAGUUUAUUUUACAUAUGUGUAUAACUUACUUGAUUAUUCUUGUAGCAAUCGUAUUUUUUGCAUGCAGCAUAUUACAAGAUUUAUGAUAUAUAUGAAUGUUAUUAAAAGCUUACCUCUUUA